AUGCCUAAGGAAGUCAAGAAAAGAGGUAGAAGAGCCGAGAAGGCCCGAAAAGAAGAAAAAGAAGAACAAAUAAAGCAAGUUCAACAGGAGGAAGAACAAUAUCAGCAACAAUACCAAGAUUUCAAUAACGAUGAUAACGACGGAUACUACUACGACGACACUAAUGGGGAUCAAGGCCGCGACGAAGAACAAGGCGCCUUUUUUGGUUUAGUCGACGAACAAGAGUUGGAAUAUUUUAAACAAGCAGAAAGUACUCUCACUGUUGAUGCUUUUGGUUCAUCUGAAGAGCGUCGUGGUUUUGUCUCUAGUGUGUUUGAAGAAUCCAAAGGCAAAGAGCUUAAGCUUGUCACAAACCAUAUUUGCUCGCGUUUGAUUGAGCGUUUGAUUUUGCUCGCCAAUGAUCGCCAAGUCUUGGAUCUUUUUAAGGCACUUUCUGAUAACUUUUCAGUGCUUGUAAAACACAAGUUUUCGUCCCAUGUUGUCGAAACACUUUUGCAGCGCGUAAUUCCCAUGGUUGAGCGCGAAAUUCUUGAUCCAGAUUUUUUAUCUAAUCUUCCAGAAUCAACUUCAGCCGGCCAUACUCAAGAGGAUUCUUUUACAACCGUUGAGAAUCUUUUCCUUUAUAUGGUAAACGACAUUAAACCUACCAUAAAAACUUUACCCCAACACCAGUACGCGUCUCACUUUUUACGAUUACUUUUACUUAUCUUGGCAGGAAAGCCUGUACCCUCUGCAACUGAAGCUAAGUCUGCUUUAAGAAGUCGACGUAGUAAAGUUGCAAGAAAGAAAAUUAUCUUAUCAGGAACAUCGCACAACGAAUAUGCUGAAGACGACCAGGAACAGCAGCAACAAACAGAAGAGCGUGCUUAUCAAGUCCCCAAGUCUUUUGGCGACGCUCUUGACGAAAUCCUUGAUGAACUUUUUAAAAACAUAGACACCAAGCAAGCUCGCGAAAUGUCAAUCCAUCCCAUUUCUUCUCCAGUUAUCCAACUUAUCUUGGGCCUGGAGUCUGACAAAAUUUCUAAACAAAACCCCAACCCUACAAAAAUUAAAGUCCCACCUACAACUCUUAUUGCAACAUUGUUUCCAUAUAGCACCAAUCGCUACAAGAAGAUCGAGCUUGAUGGAAUCACUGAUAAGGAUGAAAUUGAAAAAAAGACUAAAGAAAUUCAACAAGGUGAAGAGGCUUACGUGGAGUAUCUAUUAUCUGAUGCCAUUGGCUCCCAUCUUUUAGAAGCUAUCAUCAACAUUCUCCCCGUUAAGCUUGUUGCUCGAUUGGCUGAUCGAUAUAUGGUUGGCCGAAUCGGCAAGCUUGUGAGACGUCAAGAGAGUGGUAAUUAUGUUGUUCAGACUUUAUUGCGUCGUAUGAGCGGAAGAAAAGAUAUUGCUUCUAAGAUAAUGGACGAGUUAAUUGUUGAAAUUAAAGCCAAACUAUUUUCCGAUGGUAAUGACGACAAAACUGCAUCUAAGGUUGAAGGUGAAGAAAUAAAUUACGGUUUAAUUCGUACUAUUGUGGAAGUUGCUUCACAGGAUUUAGGCGGCUAUAAGCUGAGUGACCUUGUUGAUGUUUUGCUGGAAAAAUACGACCCUAAAAAGGACGGCAAACUUCUAUUUACAUUAUUAAACAUUAACAAUGGUGGUGAAUCUGAGUCUGCUGCUUUGGGUUCUGGCUAUGAUAACAACAGAGAUGCUGUCAAGAUGCAAAAAGCAUUGCUACUACAAAGUCUUAUGAAAGCUUCAGAAACAGUUGUUGAACUCGUCCUUGAGGGUCUUAUUUCUAUUGGCGAUAAUAAGGAAAAUGGUGAUGCUAUGCUUCUUAAGUUUGGUCGUGACAGUAUAUUAUCACAUGUUUUCGAAAACGCUUUGGUAGUUAAUAGUUCUAGCAAGAACGUGAUUCAACGACGUCGUUUAUUAAACCAUCUUAGCAAAAGCACUAUUUGCUGUGACUUGGCUGCUAACGUUUAUGGCUCCCAUAUUGUUGACAAAAUGUGGACUUUCUGCUUUCGACUAAAGUUUUUCCGCGAGCGCAUCGCUGGAGAAUUAUCUAAACAAGAAGUUGAUAUCAAGUUAACACCAUACGGCCGUUCCGUUUGGAAAAAUUGGAAAAUGGAUGACUACAUUAGACGUCGAAGAGACUGGUGGAACAAAGUGAAAGCUACUGAAGAUGAAAUGGGAGAAGCUCUUGGCAUCGAACGAAAAGAGCUGGCUCCUGGAAGUCAUAAGCAAGACAAACCAAGGGAGGAUGUCAAAAAGGGAGGUAAAACAAAGCAUGCUCCUUUCAACAGCAAAAAUAGAACUCAAAUUUAUUAA